CUCCAAGAUAGCAGUGUCCAGUAUGAAAAUGUGAAGCUUCACUUGCCAGCACCUGUAAAAUGUUAAAAUAAGAGAACAGCACUAAAGGGAAAACAAUGACAUCAUGUCCUGUGUGAGUACACAGUCCAACCCAACUGGUUCCCCUUCCCAGCAUCUUAUCAUCAUGAAGAAAUAUGGUUACAGUCUGGGAAGCCUGAUUGGUUAUGGCGAGUAUGGAACUGUAUAUGAGGUCACAUUUGUGCGUAAGAAGAAACAAUUGGCUAUGAAAAUAAUAUCAACACGCAAAGCACCUAGAGAAUAUCUGAGUAAAUUCCUUCAGAGAGAAGUACAGGUAAUGAAAAUGUUACAGCAUCAACAUGUGAUCACUUUACAUCAAGCAAUUAAGACCACAAGCUAUGUGUACCUCAUUCUCGAGUUAGCUGAAGGUGGAGGCAUUUUGGAAUAUAUCCAUAAAUAUUUUCCCUGCCAGGAACCACUGUCUGGAAAAUUGUUCAGUCAACUGAGUUUGGGCAUGGGUUAUAUCCAUGGUAAAGGUAUUGUGCACAGGAAUCUAAAAUUGGAUAACCUUCUUUUGGACAAGAAUGGGAAUCUGAAGAUCUCUGAUUCUGCAUUUUCCAAGGUAGCAUUUGUCCCUGGAACUGGGGCUGAACUCAGUCAGACAUUCUGUGGCACCUUUGCCUAUGUUGCUCCUGAAAUCCUACUGGGAAUUCCAUAUUGUCCUUUUCUGUCUGACAUCUGGAGUAUGGGAGUCAUUUUGUUUUCGUUCCUUACUGCUCAGUUACCGUUUGAUGAUUCCAACCUGAGAAAGUUGUUUAAGGAAAUGUGUCAAAAAGUAACAUUCCCAAGCAGCAUUUCCAUUUCACAGGAGAGCAAGGUAAUGUACUCUUAG